ACCUCUUUCAUUUUCAACCACGGAAGAAGAAAAUCACUGUCCAACAAUUGCAUUAGGAGCGAGUCCAAACAGCAUAGAUGGACUCUUCAGGGCAUGACAGCUCUCGUCACUGGUGGAACUCGCAGAAUAGGGCACGCCAUUGUGGAGGAAUUGACGGGGUUUGGAGCCAGAGUGCAUACUUGUGCCAGGAACGAGCACGAUCUCAAUAAGUGCCUUGAGAAAUGGAAUGCUUCGGGUUUUGAGGUCACUGGCUCAGUUUGUGAUGUCUCAGUUCCUCACCAGAGGGAGGUGCUUAUGCAGUCUGUUUCCUCUCUCUUCCAUGGGAAACUCAACAUCCUUAUAAACAAUGUGGGGACAAACAUUCGGAAACCAAUGACAGACUUCACAAGUACAGAGUAUUCCACUCUUAUUGAUACCAAUCUGGGAUCCGUCUUUCAUAUAUGCCAACUUGCAUAUCCACUUUUGAAAGCAUCGGGAAUGGGAAGUGUUGUGUUUAUCUCGUCUGUUUCUGGUUUUGUCUCACUGAAGUUGAUGUCUGUUCAAGGAGCUACGAAAGGCGCAAUAAAUCAACUUACAAGAAAUCUAGCUUGUGAGUGGGCAAAAGACAAUAUAAGGAGUAAUGCGGUGGCACCUUGGUACAUCAGAACUUCAAUGGUAGAGCAGGUGCUCAGCAACAAAGACUAUCUGGAAGAAGUGUACUCAAGAACUCCUCUUAGGCGCCUAGGAGAUCCAGAAGAAGUCUCUUCUCUUGUUGCCUUUCUUUGCUUGCCAGCAUCGUCAUACAUCACUGGCCAGAUUAUAUGUAUUGAUGGAGGAAUGUCCGUGAAUGGUUUCUACCCAACAACACAGUUCUAAGAGUUGCAUGCAGCUUAUAUCAUGCACCCUCACCAAUUUUCCUCUCCAACUGCCAUUCAUGUGGAGCAUUUGGCUUGGUUCUCUACUUCUCUGUCAAAUUCCAAUUAUUCUGAACUUUUAGGCCACACCAAAAGUCGACCAACCCCUGAUAGGCACUUCCAAGAUUUUGUAGUCUGCUAAUGUAAUUUUUUUGUGUACUAAAUCACAAUAUAUGGCCGUGCUAUCUAAUGGAAGAUUUCCAGUAAUUUUUUUAAUUCAUAGCUGUAACCUAAAAAUUUACUGAUCUACUUGGUCUUGAUUUAUGCCAGUUUAGACAAAAAUUGUCUUUUA